AUGGCCAGCAGAUUUCUCCCCCGCUGUAUCAUUGUCGUCUUUAUUUUGACUAUUCUCGACUACAGCCUCGCGCAACAACUUUCAGGCCCUCGACAGCGCCGUCAGAAUGUUGACCCCAACAACAACCCCCUUCCGAGCUACUCGCCCGCCAAGCCUCCUGCUCUGCCUCUAGCAGUGAGAAGUCCCUAUCUCAGUGCGUGGUCCAAGACAGCCAGGGGCGCUACAUUGAACAGCGCCGAUGCCGUCUUCUGGACUGGGGCUCCUAUCGGGUGGGAAGGCAUAGUCUCAGUGGAUGGAAUUUCGUACUCAUACCUCGGAACUGGAUCGGAGUGUCCACCGACUCCAGCCAAACUGCAAGCUGCCAAGCCGAAGAUCGUCAGCUACGACUCUCAGUACUCCAACUUUACCUUCCUUGCCGGCCCUGUCACCAUCGAGGCCAGCUUCUUCUCCCCAGUCACACCAAACGACAUCUGCAGGAGCUCUAUCCCGCUCAGUUACCUCACAGUCAGCGUCGAGUCUAUAGAUUGUGAGGAGCAUAGCGUGCAGUUCUACUCCGACAUCAACGGCGCAUGGAUAACACCCAACAGCAAUCUACCUAUUAUCUGGGGUCUCAAGACGGAUGGCCAAGAUUAUGUGCCUCCCUCACCCGGCGUCGCGACCCGGGAGGUGACACACACAUCAAGCACUACUAGUCCUGGUUUAUUUUCUUGGGUAUAUCACCUUGAGAAAUCCUACACGUUCGGAGAAAACGAGGACUUCCCAACAUGGGGCAACGUCACCUAUACUACAAGCUCCGAGGGCUCUGGGGCUUUCAGUUUUCAGAGUGGCUUCGCCGCGGAAGUACGUGCCGAGUUCGUCAACCAGCAUUCGCUCAGUAACACGAUUGAUCCCGCCUACCGGGGCUGGGGGCCACUUGAGCCCGUGUUUGCAUUUUCCCAUGAUUUCGGCAAUGUCACAUCAGCCCAUGUGCGGUACACAAUCGGCUCGGUCCAGACGCCGGUCGUACGUUACCUUAACCCCGGGGGAUCCAGUGCCCUGGUGCCGUGGAUGGAGAAGUGCUACGGCGACAUGCACUCCAUGAUUCUGUUUCAUUGGAACGAUUUCGGCGCCGUGUCUCAGCUGGGCGCCACGUUUGAGGCUCAGUUGAGGGCGGACGUAGGCGCUUACUACACGGACAGCGACAACGCCCUCAGCCACACCAGGACGAAUCGAAACUCCACUACGGCGACUAUACAUCCCAACAACUCUGACGGUUACUCUUACGGCGUAGAUCGGUACGGCCAACAGUACAAAUUCGAUCCAAACAACGCGUACGGAUUCUUGGCCACGGACGACUCCAGUGGCAUUGCGAUCCCAAAUAUCAACGAGGCAGAUGCAUAUUACUCUAUAGUUGCGCUUUCGUCGCGGCAGGUAAUGGCCGCAUAUGUCUACGCCGUCCCACCACCAGGCACAGCGAGCGAUGAGGCACCACUCAUGUUCCAGAAGGAAAUAUCUUCCGACGGAAAUAUAAACACAGUAGACGUCCUGUAUCCAGCGACCCCCUUUUUCCUCUGGGCAAACCCCGAAAUGCUUAAAUACACGCUGGAGCCCAUGUACCAGAACACAGAAUCCGGCUUCUACCCAGACAGCUACUCAAUGCACGACCUCGGUUUCCAUUUCCCAAACGCCACAGGCCACACAGACGGCAUCGACGAAUACAUGCCAGUGGAGGAGAGUGGAAACAUGCUGCUCAUGUCGUAUGCCUACUACAAGUUCACGGGCGACGGCGGCUGGCUCAGCGCCCACUACCCAACCAUGAAGCAGUGGGCCGAGUUCCUGGCCCGGUUCAGCCUGAUACCCGAGUUCCAGCUCAGCACGGACGACUUUGCGGGGCCGAAGGAGAAUCAGACAAACCUGGCGCUCAAGGGGAUCCUGGGGCUGCGGGCCAUGGCGGAGAUGGCGCAGGUCGCAGGACACCCCGAGGACGCGGCCAACUUCUCGGCGACGGCGAGCGACUACUACGCGACGUGGGAGGCCCUCGCCAUCGACCCGGCCGCGAAGCACACGCUGCUCGCGUACCAAUGGCGCUCGAGCUGGGGUCUGCUGUACAACACGUACAUGGACCGGCUCCUGGACCUGGAAGUCGUGAGCGACGAGGUCUACGCGAUGCAGUCGGACUGGUACGCGCUGCAGAGCCAGGUGUACGGCGUGCCGCUCGACAGCCGCCACACGUACACCAAGAGCGACUGGGAGUUGUGGGCGGCGGCGACGUGCACCCCCGAGACGCGGAGGCUGAUCGUGAACGCCGUCGCGUUCUGGAUCAACCAGACCUCGACUGAUCUGCCCUUCACUGACCUCUACGACACUGUUGGCAGCGGCGGAUAUCCUAGCUUCGACCUCAGGUUCAGGGCCCGGCCGGUCGUCGGCGGCCACUUCUCGCUGCUGGCGCUGUACCAAGCUGGUCUGCUGGAUGAAGAAGGCAAGUCCAGCGGCUAA